GCCCCUAAUUCGAUCGCGGCGAACCGAGGCAUCGGCUUCGAGAGCCUUCCUGUCCUCCGCCCUUUCGGCUAUUUACGUUUCCCGCCUCGGCGCUUUAUCCCUCUCUCGAGCUACCCGCCUCUGUUAGGGUUCUUGUGACCGUCUCCUCCUCCUCUCGAUCGAGGAGUUCGGCAGUCCGAUUCGGGAGAGAUUUACUGGGGCUUCGCCGGCAGGAUGUUCGGUCGGGCGCCGAAGACGAGUGACAGCACGCGGUACUAUGAGAUCCUCGGGGUGUCGAAGAACGCUUCCCAGGAUGACCUCAAGAAGGCCUACCGCAAGGCCGCCAUCAAGAACCACCCCGAUAAGGGCGGCGACCCCGAAAAGUUCAAGGAAUUGGCCCAGGCUUACGAGGUUCUAAGCGACCCUGAAAAGCGUGAAAUCUAUGACCAGUAUGGUGAGGAUGCCCUCAAGGAGGGAAUGCGUGGUGGUGGAGGUGGCCACAACCCUUUUGAUAUCUUCGAGUCCUUUUUCGGUGGAAGUCCCUUCGGAGUAGGUGGAAGCAGCCGGGGACGAAGGCAGAGGAGAGGGGAGGAUGCAAUCCAUCCUCUUAAGGUGUCUUUGGAAGACUUGUACAGUGGGAUCUCCAAGAAACUCUCGCUUUCACAGAAAGUCAUCUGCCAAAAGUGCAAGGGGAAGGGUUCUAAGUCUGGCGCUUCGAUGAGUUGCUCUGGCUGUGAAGGAUCGGGUAUGAAGGUCACGAUUCGUCAGUUAGGGCCUGGAAUGAUCCAGCAAAUGCAACACCCUUGCAGUGAGUGCAAGGGCACUGGGGAGACCAUUAACGAGAAGGAUCGGUGUCCACAAUGUAAAGGUGAGAAGGUUAUUCAGGAGAAGAAAGUGCUGGAGGUUGUGGUUGAGAAAGGAAUGCAGAACGAGCAGAAGAUUACCUUCCCCGGAGAGGCAGACGAGGCGCCUGAAACUGUUACUGGAGAUAUUGUGUUUGUCCUUCAACAGAAGGAUCACCCAAAGUUUAAGAGAAAGGGAGAUGAUCUUUACUAUGAGCACACGUUAUCCCUCACCGAAGCUCUCUGUAGCUUCCAAUUUGUCUUGACCCACUUAGAUAACAGGCAACUACUUAUCAAGUCGAACCCUGGUGAAGUUGUGAAGCCCGAUCAAUUCAAGGCGAUAAAUGACGAGGGCAUGCCGAUGUACCAGAGGCCCUUCAUGAGGGGGAAGCUCUACAUCCACUUCACAGUGGACUUCCCGGACUUGCUGACGCUGGACCAGUGCAAAGCGCUGGAGGCUGCGCUUCCUCCAAAGCCUGCAUCACAGAUGACGGACAUGGAACUGGAUGAGUGCGAGGAAACAACAUUAUAUGAUGUCAACAUCGAGGAAGAGAUGCGGAGGAAGCAAGCUCAGGCCCAAGAGGCUUACGAGGAAGAGGAUGAUGUCUCCGGACGAGCCCAGAGAUUGCAAUGUGCUCAGCAAUAAGCAGAACUACAGCUUUCCUAAUCGGUUGACUCUCCUCUGGUUGUUUUGCUGGUUGUUUGCUGAUGAAGUACAACUACGAAUCAUCUUCACCAUGGUAACCUCAUGGCAAAAAUAUUUGUGUUUUGCAGUUCCAGACCAUUAGUGGCUUAAUGUUUCGUUAUUGCC